AUGACCUGGGCAGUGUACCACUAUCUCCAAGAGUUCAAGGGACCCGCCAUCGUCGAGUAUAACGUCGCGGUCGAAAUCUGUGAUAUCCUGUUCUGCGCAAAGAACCGCCUCCGGUUGCAGUCGUCCACCGGGACCCUGGGCUGCUGGGUGGAGCUCCAGGAUCCGGAAACAGAUGAGUGGAUGCUGUACGCGCUGACGUCCGCGCGCAGUGUCCUGCCUACCGAUGCACAUGUUGAGUCCUGUGCUCAGAAGGGAGAGAACACCCCGGCUUUUGACGAGUGGAAGACAUAUGGCGUACCGUUCCGAGACGCCACAGCGGCUAGACUCCUGGUUGAUAGCCCAGGCUUGUAUGAAAUCACAAUGAACACGGACAACCUCGAUGAUUUUCGCACGAAAGUAUGAGGACAAAAUGCGCUACGAACAUUUUCAAGCCGCGCAAGCGCAAAAC